AAUUUGCGAAGGUUCUUGGUGGUGUGAGAGUGAUUGUGACGAUGAUUCCACAAGAUUCUGACGUUUACGAUUCACCAACACAGCGCAUCAUUCACGUCCAAAAGAUAAAUAUUUGUCAAAUAUGUGGUGAUAAAGGAGAUUUAAAGCGCCUCAUAUACUGUGUCCAGUGUAAAGCUUGUGCUGAGCAUAGUUAUUGUCUAGAGAAGUUCCACAGAGAAGAUGAUGGAACGGUUAGCUGGAAAUGUGAGGACUGUGCUCCAAACGAUCCCAAAUAUGGAUCUGAACAAUUAAGAAAAAGCACACGCAUAAGUUAUGCAGCUGAAGCUAAAUAUAACAGGAUGAAAAUGCAAAAGGAGAUUAUUGCGGUUAGAAAACCAAAAUCUGUCGGAUCAUCUGAUGGUUUUCAUGCUGAAUGCCUUAGAAAAAAUAACAUUGACAAGAGACAGCUGAUCCUUGAAGAGAAGAACAGUCAUUUUGAGGAACCUGAAUCACGUAAAGGUCCUUUGAAUAAUCAAGAAUUGGAACAUGAGAAAUAUGUUGAUUCUGAAGCCUUAACGUCUCAGCGCAUGUACUAUCCGGAGUUUGACAAGCAUAGCCUUGCUCACCCACUUAAUGAUCCAGUUUGGACGGGGCAAUUUAUGUUGAACAACGCAACAAAUAUUGGAUGUGUUGCUUAUGCAUCAAGCGAAGCUUCCCCAAAAGUGCAUUCAACAGUAACAACGCUUCCUAGACUGCUUGAUGUGGAGAUGUUAUUGAGAUACGCUAUUUGGCCCGAGAGUUUUGACAUGUUUCCUCCUAAUGGUGAUAGUAUUGGUCUCUAUUUUUUCCCCCAGUAUGAAGGGGAUGAGACGGUCUUUGAUGCUGUGUUGAAUGAUGUAAUUGAAAAAGAACUUGCUCUCAAGGCAGUCAUUGACACCGUGGAGCUCCUCAUUUUUUCUUCAUAUUUAUUACCCCCAAAUGAUAGGCGAAUUUGUGACAAGUAUUAUUUGUGGGGUGUUUUCAAACCAAAGCCAAGAAGUGGGAAUAUUCAGUCCAAGUAAUCCUUUGAACAGAAUAGUAGUUGGGUUCUGAAUCUGCCGUGUCAACUGUAUGAAAUCUCAGAUCGGAUCACAGAUAGUAUCUUUUGGGAGUUCUACAUAGGAAAUAUAGGGCUCCAGACAAAAUUAUUAUGGGCCAACCCAUUGUAUUGGGGACAAAGAAGAGAACUUCUGAGAGCAUUUAAUGUAAGGUCACAUAAAUGGUUCAUGAUUUCUGACCCA